ACAAUUUUAUCUUCUUCUUGUUGAAAAGGAGAGAGAUGUCAUCUAUAAAUUGCUUUCGAACAGCAAAGGCACCGCUUCAGACAUUCGCAUCAGUUUCGAGAUUCAGAUAUUCACCGAACGGUCUCGUUUCUGUAUUGAGAAGGAAGUCGUCUCCUUCAUUUGUUACUCUAAGAGUAGUUUCAUCCAUGGCUUACGAGAAAGAGCUUGACGCUGCUAAGAAAGCUGCUUCCCUCGCAGCUCGUCUCUGUCAGAAAGUUCAAAAGGCUUUGUUGCAAUCAGAUGUUCAAUCAAAAUCUGAUAAAAGUCCUGUCACCGUUGCUGAUUAUGGUUCACAAGCAGUUGUCAGCAUAGUCUUGGAAAGGGAACUCACUUCUGAACCCUUUUCACUGGUCGCUGAAGAGGACUCAGCGGAUCUACGCAAGGAUGGUUCUGAGGAUCUUCUUGAACGCAUAACGAAACUCGUCAACGACACUUUGGCUACUGAGGAUCUAACCAAAGCCAUUGACUCUACUUUAACCACAGAUGAUCUACUCAGAGCCAUCGACUGUGGCACAUCUGAAGGUGGUCCUAAUGGUCGACAUUGGGUCUUGGAUCCUAUUGAUGGCACUAAAGGGUUUUUGAGGGGAGAUCAGUAUGCUGUAGCACUAGGAUUGCUGGAGAAAGGGAAAGUAGUGUUAGGUGUGCUUGCUUGUCCAAACUUGCCAUUAGCUUCCAUAGCAGGAACCAAGAACUCUUCUUCUUCUUCAGAGGAAACCGGAUGCCUCUUCUAUGCUAGGAUUGGUUCAGGGACAUACAUGCAGCCCUUAGACUCGAAAUCCAAACCAGUCAAAGUAAAUGUCUCUAGCGUUGAGAAUCCUGAAGAGGCAUCCUUCUUCGAGUCGUUUGAAGGAGCUCACUCUCUUCACGACUUAUCCAGUUCCAUUGCCAACAAACUCGGUGUGAAAGCGCCACCUGUCAGGAUAGAUAGCCAGGCAAAGUAUGGAGCUUUGUCUAGAGGAGAUGGAGCUAUAUACUUGCGGUUCCCUCAUAAAGGAUACCGUGAAAAGAUUUGGGACCAUGUCGCUGGUGCUAUUGUUGUUACUGAGGCGGGUGGAAUCGUGACGGAUGCAGGUGGAAAGCCAUUGGAUUUCUCGAAAGGCAAGUAUCUUGAUUUGGACACUGGCAUCAUCGUUGCUAAUGAGAAGCUUAUGCCUCUGCUUUUGAAAGCAGUUCGUGACUCCAUUGCCGAGCAAGAGAAAGCUUCAUCUCUCUGAUUCUUUCUCCUUUAGUGUCUCUGUGUUUGCUGUAACUCUUGUUUCACUUCCUUUCACCACUACAGCUAAACAUGUUUCUUCAUUACAUAGUGAGAAUCUCUUGGAUUUUCUUUUUAAAAUAAAACAUAUAUAUAUAUGUCUAAUA